AUGGAGAAGUUGGCGGUUGUUAAACCAGCUGAAACACCAGUUGUACAUUUCGAGUGGGAUGACAGUAUUGACAUGGCUUUGCACCAAGAAUUUGAAACUAAGAAUGAAGUGAGAGAUUUAGUGGACAAAGCUGUGCAUAAGAAUUGUUUUGAGGUUGAUAUAGUGAAGUCGAUGCCUCGAGUUUACGUAUUAAAGUGUCGUGGGGUUGGUUGCAAAUGGUAUUUACGUGCUGCAAAGCUGAAAAACUCGGAUUUUUUCACUAUAAGGACGUAUCGGAAGAUGAAUACUUGCGUUAGGAUAGAGGGAAGUGCAACCAAGAAGGGGAAAAGAGGCACACCAAGCUUGGUCGCAUCUGUGUUGCAAGCUGAUUAUCCAGGAAAAUACAAGACUCCAGCACCAAAGGAUCUCAUAGAUUUGGUUGAGAACAAAUUGGGUGUUAGGGUUUCAUAUGCUACGGCUUGGAGAGGAAAAUACAAAGCUAUCAAUGAUCUGCGUGGGAACCCAACAGAGAGCUUCGCUAGACUGCCGUCUUACUUGUACAUGUUGGAAAUGUUGAAUCCUCGUACUGUCACCCGCUUAGUAGUGGAUGAGAAGAACCAGUUUAAGUAUGUGUUCUUCGCGCUCGGAGCUUGCAUUGAAGGGUUUAAUUCCAUGCGGAAAGUGAUAAUUAUGGAUGGAACUCAUCUGAAGGGUGUGUAUGAAGGAGUGCUUCUUAUUACCACUGCUCAAGAUCUAGAUCAUCAUCAUUAUCCCCUCACUUUUGCUGUAGUAGAUGGUGAAAAAAAUGCAAGUUGGAGUUGGUUUUUGACUACAUUGAAAACCUUGAUACCAGAUGAUCCCCAACUUGUAUUCUGCACUGAUAGAAACCAAAGCAUCAUCAAGACAGUACACGAGGUCUACCCAUUGGCGAUCCAUGGAUAUUGCAUAUAUCACUUGGCUAAUAAUGUGAAAGGAGCAUGCAGCCAUGUUAGGAAAGAUGUGGUUGCACAUGAGUUCAAAAAAAUUGCUGGUAUUUACACAGAAAAAGAGUUUAAAAGAAAAUAUAUUGAUUUGAGAAGAAGGUAUCCUCAGGCCGCUGAGUAUCUGGAUGAGAGUGUGCAUGAGAGCAAAUGGGCAAGAUGUCAAUUUCCAGGAGCAAGGUACAACAUAGAUACAACCAACACUGCUGAAUCUAUGAAUGGUGUUUUCAAGGAACAAAGGAAUUAUGCACUGCUGCCAAUGAUUGAUGAGAUCGUGGGCAAGAUUACAGAAUGGUUUAAUAGAUACCGACAAAUUUCUAUAGGGGUUCCACAGAGGCAGCUACUUGUCCCACGUGUGCAUGUUGAAUUGCAUGAGAACUGUCCAAUUGCAAGAACACUUCACGUGGAGGUGCUAAACACAUUUGAACGUCAGUACAAUGUUACUGGUACGGAUGGGAAAGGUUAUUUGGUUGAUUUGAUCAACAAAACAUGUGACUGUCGGCAUUUUGAAAUUGACCGGUAUCCUUGUGUGCAUGCGCUUGCUGCGAUCAUGAAGUAUUGCAGAACUACAACAGAUGAUACGCUAGAGCAGUUGGUUGAAAAUUAUUGUUCUAAGUAUUAUUGGAUGGAGCAGUGGACAUUGGCAUAUUGUAGGACAAUAUAUCCAGUGCCUCAUCAUUCGUCCUGGGAAGUUCCUGAGGAAAUACAAUCUCAGGUUGUGUUCCCGCCGUAUGUGGAGAAAAAAAAAGGAAGAUUACAAACUACUAGAUUCCCAUCUGCGGGAGAAUAUCGAAGGAAGAGAAAGAAAAAGUAUGCACCAUUCUCGGAGUGGCUUGGUGACAGUAGUGACAAAGAUGACAACGACAACGAUGACAUCGAUUACGAAGAAAGCAGCAAUGAGGGAAGUGACAGCGAAGGAAGUGGUGACGAGAGAAGUGACAACGAAGGAAAUGAUGAAUGA